UCCUAGGGCUUAGUGGUCACAUACGUGGACAGCACUUUUUAGCUCUUAUGUCCACAAUUGUGUUCACUGCUGAAUAUGUGGUGUUACGGACACGUAUGGGGGUACUUACACUGCCAUCUGGUGGUGUCAGAAGUUUAUAACACACUACGGUCAAAAUUCAAAAUGGCGGCGAACACAAGGGAAGAUUCAAGUGGUAGCUCCAUACACAAACGUCGACCAGAGCGUUUUUCUCUGCAAAGAGCAUUGGAGCUACUUGGGUUAAUUGAUGGAAACAACUCAGAUUUGGACGUGUCUGACAAUGAUGAUCCUAUCCUGGAUGGCAAUUACCAACCAUCACCACAGGAGGAAAGCAGCAGUGAGCACAGUAGUGAUGAUGAGGACCCCAUUCCUGAGCCCACUGACCACAGUGCAGAUAAUGGUUCAUGGACAGGGACAGAGACAGGUACAGGCACAGGCACAGGUACAGGUUCAUCCCGCACUCUCAGACGUCGCCGUCAAAGUCAAGAGAUUGAGGCUGAUAGCUCAGAAGAUGACUUGGAAGAGCCAACACCAAGACCAAGCCAAACAAAAAAAAAGAAAAAGGGAGACUCUGAACAAGGACGUGGACUACGCUGGAAGGCUACUCCAUUGACGCCAAACCUGGCAGAGUAUCAGCAUCAGGAUGAAACUGAUCUAGACAGACAUGGCUGGACCCCACUAGACUAUUUUGAACAGUACAUAGAUAGAGAUUUGAUGAUGACGAUUGCAGAAUGCUCUAAUAUUAUGUCACUGUCUAAGAGUGGGGAGCCACUUAACAUGACAGUAGAUGAGGUUUACCACUUUUUUGGUGCCUGUAUUUUGAUGUCCUGCAUCCGAUACCCAACCAUUAGGAUGUACUGGUCCAAAGCCUUGAAAAUCACUGCCAUCACUGACAAAUUCACACGUGCCAGAUUCUUCAAACUGAGGGGAGCAAUAAAAGUGGUUAUUGAUCAUGAUGUGCCAGAAGACUUGAGAAUGUUGGACAAAUUCUGGAAGGUGAGGCCUUUUCUGGAUCGGAUUCUGCGAGGCUGCUUGUCUCUGAAUCGACCUGAUUGCGCAUCUAUUGAUGAGCAGAUGAUUCCUUUCACAGGAGCCUGUCCGUGCAGACAAUAUCUGCCAAUGAAGCCAAACCCAGUUGGCAUAAAGAACUUUGUUUGUGCUACAGCAGAUGGCAUUGUGCUUGACUUUGAGCUGUAUCAAGGCACAGGUUCACUGAUUGAGAAGGUCGAAGAACCAGAGGGCCUGAGUUUGGGAAGCUUAGUCAUCGAGCGUCUGUGCCAAACUUUGCAUCGUGGCACAAAGGUGUAUUGUGACCGGUUCUUCACCACCAUCAAAGGUGCGCAACGAAUGAUGGAGAAAAGAGCUGUACAUGACUGGUACAAUAAUGAAGAACCGACUCGCUGA